GGGCUUCUGCACACGCACCGGGGGCUGCCCCACCAGCUGUCGGGCCUGGAUCCUCGCAGGGACUACCGGCGGCACGAGGACCUCCUGCACGGCCCCCACGGGCUUGGCUCAGGACUCGGAGACCUCCCGAUCCACUCCUUACCUCACGCCAUCGAGGACGUCCCGCAUGUAGAAGACCCGGGUAUUAACAUCCCAGAUCAAACUGUAAUUAAGAAAGGCCCCGUGUCCCUGUCCAAGUCCAACAGCAACACCGUCUCCGCCAUCCCCAUCAACAAGGACAACCUCUUCGGCGGCGUCGUGAACCCCAACGAAGUCUUCUGUUCAGUUCCGGGUCGCCUCUCGCUCCUCAGCUCCACCUCGAAGUACAAGGUCACGGUGGCGGAAGUACAGCGGCGCCUCUCACCGCCCGAGUGUCUCAACGCUUCACUGCUGGGCGGAGUGCUGCGGAGGGCGAAGUCUAAAAAUGGAGGAAGAUCUUUAAGAGAAAGAUUGGACAAAAUAGGAUUAAAUCUGCCAGCAGGGAGACGUAAAGCUGCCAACGUCACUCUGCUCACAUCACUAGUGGAGGGAGAAGCCGUCCACCUAGCCAGGGACUUUGGGUAUGUGUGCGAAACCGAAUUUCCUGCCAAAGCAGUAGCUGAAUUUCUCAACCGACAACAUUCCGAUCCCAAUGAGCAAGUGACAAGAAGAAACAUGCUCCUGGCUACAAAACAGAUAUGCAAAGAGUUCACCGACCUGCUGGCUCAGGACCGAUCUCCCCUAGGGAACUCGCGGCCCAACCCCAUCCUGGAGCCCGGCAUCCAGAGCUGCUUGACCCACUUCAACCUCAUCUCCCACGGCUUCGGCAGCCCAGCGGUGUGCGCCGCGGUCACGGCCCUGCAGAACUAUCUCACCGAGGCCCUCAAGGCCAUGGACAAAAUGUACCUCAGCAACAACCCCAACAGCCACACGGACAACAGCGCCAAAAGCAGUGACAAAGAGGAGAAACACAGAAAGUGAGGCUCUCCUCCCGCCCUGCCCCCUCCCGCGCCUCAC